CCCUGAAUUGGGGCACUCAAACUCAUCAGUGUUCACUGAUGUAAACAGGCACACAGUUGUGUUCUCAAUUAAGAUUCCACAUUUUUGGUUUGUUGGUCAGAAGUGUCAUAUUUUCUGUGAGUAGACAUGAAGCCAGCAGUGGCUCUGCUGGCCCUCGUCCUCCUGCUGGACACCACCUUUGCUGCAGAAGAGUCCUGUGUGGGUCGCUGUGGCUCCUUCGACCUGCAGGCAAAAUGCCAGUGUGACUCCAUGUGUGUGUACUAUGGGAGCUGCUGCGGGGACGUUGAUACCAUCUGCCCAAAAAAAACUGCUCGUGGCGAUACCUUCGAGGAAACAGAUGACGUGACAGAAGCAGCGACGACUGUCACAGAGCAACAAGGACAGGCGCAAGGAACAACUCUCCCACCAACUUUCAACGCAGUUGCAGCAACCGUAACUGCCACAUCUCCCACACCCAUCACCACACAAGGGCUUGCACCAUCUGUAGAGCCUGACGCAGCGGCCUGCAGUGGUCGACCUUUUGAUGCUUUUCUGCAGCUGAAGAACAGCUCGAUAUAUGCGUUUAGAGGUGAAUAUUUCUUUGAGUUGGAUGAGACGUCCGUUCUUCCCGGUUACCCAAAACUCAUCCAGGAUGUGUGGGGGAUCGCUGGACCCAUAGACGCGGCAUUCACACGCAUCAACUGCCAGGGAAAAUCCUACAUCUUUCAGGGGAAACAGUACUGGAGGUUUGACGGUGACGUUCUGGAUGAGGACUAUCCGCGGGACAUUUCAGUCGGCUUUGAUGGCAUACCAGAUGACGUCGAUGCCUCUUUCGCCAUACCAGCACCAAGUCACCUUGGCAAAGAGAAAGCCUACUUUUUCAAAGGGGACAAGUAUUACCAGUAUGAGUUCAAGCACCAGCCUUCCCAUGAGGAGUGCGUCCACAUGAGCAGGACCUCCCCCUCUGUGCUGUUCACACGAUACACGGACCUCUUCUGUGAUCAGACAUGGGAGGAUUUAUUCACGGAGCUCUUUGGAAGCUCCUUCAGCAGUCACCAAACAGGCCCUCGCUUAACCAGCAGGGACUGGCAGGGCAUCAUUUCUCCUGUAGAUGCUGCCAUGGUGGGACGAGUCUACCUCAGCCCCAAACCCACGCCCUCUUCUCCUCCACCAGCGAGGAGGCGCAGCAGUCGGAGGAGGAGGCCCAGCAAGAAGCGGGUACAGCGAAGAAGGCAGAGUCGCCACACGUUGCUCGAUGAUUUGUGGGGUUAUGAUGAUUGGCUUGACUACAGCGACUUCAGCGGCAUCUUUGAUGAGACCCCCACGCAGGAGUCCAAAAGAACCCCCGUGCAAAAUGUGUAUUUUUUCAAGAAAGAUAAAUACUACAGAGUGGAUCUGCAGACAAAACGUGUGGAUUCUGCCAACCCUCCUUACCCACGAUCCAUUGCGAAAUACUGGCUGGGCUGCAAGCGUGAAGCGACACCUGAUGCAUCAAGGGCAGAGAAGAGAUAGGCCGGCUUACUGGAGAAAUUCACUCUGUUUUAAACGCACCUCUUAGUGAGAAGUCUUAACGUAAUUACAAAAUGAGCUUAUAAUAGCUUCUGUUAUUUUUGUUGUUUGCAUUUUAUUCAUGAUAAAUACCCCCUCUGAUGUCCCCUCUAUAUUUAGGUGGAAAGGCAACAAAUUCUGCAUGAUUUAAUAAACUUGAGAUUUCAGAUCUGUGAA